UAAAUCUGUGAAAUACAAGGUUCAAGCUACAAAGAUGAAGUCAGUGGAGAUUWUCAUAACUGUACUAUUACCAUUUGCAAUGUUUGGUUAUGUUCUAUACAAGUUUCUCCAAAACAAAAGACCAAAAGCCAUCGASGAAGUUYUAGACCCAYCAACGGGAAGAAAAAGAAUCCGAAUAUUUGACGGUGAAUUUCAGCGUGGCGUUCAUGAUAACCUAUAUUUGUAUGGKGAAGCRUUGGUAAGCAACGUCGUCUUCAUUGAAUCUAUGGUACCGCUGAAAAAGGAACUUCUUGUGAAAGCCUUAGUUUCUUUGGCUAAAAUUCACCCUCUUCUACGAAUGAGGUGCGAGUGGCAACAAAACAAUCGCUAUCAUACAGAAAUGAUUCAGUUCAGCCAUAAGGAACUCUUGUAUUCCGAAGAGAACACAGAAGACUGGGUGCGAAGGUURGAGAAAGAACUGCAAGAGGGCUACGACUUAGCUCAUGGUCCUCUUUGGCGUGUUGUUAAGACCAAAGAAGACUUUGAUUCAUCAAGKAAGAAGUAUACCACCAUUCUUCUACUUAGCUUUCAUCAUUCAAUCAGUGACGGGAUAUCUAUCAUGAAAUUCUUGGACAAACUUCUCGAGAUUUUGGAUCAGAUUCACUCCAACACUUUUGUGGAAGAAAAGCUAGAGCCCAUGCCUCUUUUGCCGCCUUUACUGGAGCUUAUCAAACAUGAGACUCAAAUGAGCUGGUGGAAGUGGAUAGCUUACAAAGCUAACGAUAAAUUAAGUACCUACAGAGGUGUACAAAACACCUUUCUUAACCUGUUUCCACCUCCUCUGGUACGAAAUCCAACCAUGGUACCUAAAACCUGUCUAAUUCCAGGCUCUUUGACCGAAGCACAAACGAUUCUUUUAGUACAAAAUUGUAAAUCGAACAAAUGCACUGUCACUGGAGCACUUGGUGCAUGUUUUGCAGUUGCAAUAUCCAGAAUCGUAGAGGAAAUUGGUGGAAAUCCAAUUGAUGUCAAUUUUCUUGUUCCAGCAAGGAUAAGAGAUGGCUGCAGGCCUGUUGUCUGUGAUAACAGCUUUGGAGUUUACAUUGGGAUUGUUCUUCUCACUAUAACUCUACCUAAUACAUCAUCUCCAAAUCCGUUUUUCUGGGAUCUGGCGCGAAAGAUC